UACUUACGCCACCCACUCCGCCUUUACACAUCUAGCUUUAUAAAUGCCGUAUCGAUGGUGUUUGGUGUUACCCACAAUGUUAGCAGCUAGCUACUAAUUUUGAGCACUUUCCUGUAUUUUAAUAGUAAAGAAAAGAUGUGUCCCAGGUGUGACUGUUGCAGCGAACACGUAGAUAAAUUGAAACAACAGGUUUCUGUCAUGCGAAAGGAAAUCAAGAAUCUUCGACAAAUGCUGGAGACUGCAACCCGAACUCAUCGAAAACAUAUGCUUUCAAUUGAGUCCGCCGUGUCCAAAGUUUCUUUCAGCGAGCCUAAAGAAUGCCAACGUCCACCUGCUUCACCCGAGACCGCUUUAGAGCAUGGAAAAAUCCAAACAUUGCCGAUUGGUUACAUCCAUUCCUGUUUCUCCGAGAAGAACGGGACGCCCAGGCAACCUACCGUCUGCGGACCGUCAAGGGCAGAACUGCGACUGAAGCAGAGUGUCUUCAAUAACCCCGAACAUGCCCUGAUAGGACUAGAACAGUUUUCUCAUAUCUGGGUUAUCUUCUUAUUCCACAAAAAUGGCCACUUGAGUCACAAAGCCAAAGUGAAGCCCCCCAGACUCAACGGCGAGAGGGUCGGUCUUUACUCGACUCGCAGUCCGCACCGGCCUAACGCUUUGGGCCUGACGCUAGCAAAGCUGGACAAAAUUGUAGGUGAUACAAUACAUCUGUCAGACAUUGACAUGAUUGCAGGCACCCCUGUGCUGGAUAUCAAACCCUACAUCUCUGACUAUGACUCCCCUUGCAGUAGGAAGACCACCGACUUGGAGCCUUGUCAAUCAAUCACAGAUCCCGCCUCUUUGUCACCUAGCGAACCAAUACAAGCGCAGUUAAACGAAAAAGAGCAUCAAUUUGAUGUUAAUCCUAACCCACUGCAGUCUCUCGCCAUGUUGGAGGAGGUGAAAUCCUACAUAAGCCAACGUGACAUUGGUCAAUCGAAUUCGCACCAAAAGCACGACGCAGUAGAUCCGCAGGAGUCCGAGCUUGAUCGGCGGCCUUGCUACACGGAAGAAUCCUACAGUACCAUCGCUAGCUGGAUCAGAGAGCCGCCAGUCGCCAGCCUGGAGGUGCGUUUCACUCCUCAUGCUCAGAAGGAGUUGGCGGAAUUCCUUCCAAUCAGCAAGUCAGGCCCCUCUGAUGGCAGGGGCCCGAGGUUUAGAUUUCUGCGCAACUUAGACGAAGCCACCGCCGCCAUCCGAGGAGUGCUGUCUGCAGACCCGAGAUCGGUCUACAGGAGAACUCGAUGUAAAGACAAGCUGUUCUUCUUCACCUUAGACACCGCCAACAUAACGUGCUGGUUCGGACCAGAUUUUGCUGAGGUGCUGCGAAUUCGACCUGUUGAGUCCAAGUAGAUGACGACCAGUUUUUUGGGGUGUUGGAUUAUUUACCAAUAGUGCAAAAAUAAAAAAACAGAUGAUAUCCAUUUUUUUUGUUUCAACCUGUCAUACAGCGUGUCAUGGCAUCUUACUGCUAAGCAAGUACAGAGGUCUUCAUUCAUUUCAAUAAAUUAAUUAAUGACUCUAUAGUUGGUUGUGUGUUUAAUGUCUGAAUGAA